UUGGCGGUAAGCCGUAGUAAUGUUGUAUUUUUUCCACAGGAUUUGUGAAAGCAGUCACCGUAAAUUGCUUGUUAGAGGGAGAUGUGAGACAGGCUGUCUCGCUCGUCAGUAGCGGAAAGUUAAAGAGUAGGAGAGUCAAUGGACGAAUAGUUUGCACCAAAACAAAGUUCGUUUAAAGUGUUUCAAAGUCCAAACCCAUUGUGGCCUGUUACUCAAUCAUGGCAGCACCAAUCCGUCGGACGGCCGCACAGCUGUUAAAAAAACGCCACUUCACCACGUCAAGUGCGUUCAGAAACCGCCCGGAAACCGCCAAGGAUGAUACCAAUGUCGUCAGAUCUCCGUACAAGGAUAUACCCACUCUGAAUUGCACAGCUAAUGACUUCAUCUGGCAGAACUUGGAUAGAUGGCCCGACAAGACUGCUACGGUAUGCGCAGUGUCAGGCCGUGGCUACACGUACGCGCAAACUCACAAGAUGUCGAUGCUAUUCGCCGCGUCCCUCCGAACCAAGCUCAAGCUCCGAGAGGACGAUACGGUCGCCAUCCUCCUACCCAACGUACCUGAGUACCCGUGUAUACUGUUCGGGAUACUGCAAGCGGGCUGUAUCGCCUCGCCUAUGAACCCGGCUUAUACUGCUCAUGAGCUCCAAACCCAAUUCGAAACGGUGAACUGCAAAGCGGUCAUCACCUCAAAACAGUCGUACCCCACCAUAGCAGCAGCCCUCAAAUCCAUGAAGAAAUCCAUCCCUAUCAUCAUCACCGACCACGAAGAGUUACCCGAAGGAACCAUCAAAUACGCUGAACUGGCCGAGGACAUGACUAUAGAUACGGACUGCCUGAAGUCCGUGAGACGAGGGCCCAAAGAUAUAGGCAUUAUCCCGUUUUCGAGUGGAACUACGGGGUUCCCUAAAGGUGUUGUUUUGACGCAUGGGAGUAUAGUUGCGCUGAAUCAAAUGAUUGCUGAUCCGGAGAUUGUGGCUAUUAAGGAGACUACAGCGACAUACCAGACCGUAAUGCCUGCGGUGUUGCCGUUCUUCCACAUCUUCGGCUUCAACGUGGUGCUCAUGAACCAGAUGUCGCUGGGCUGCAAGCUGGUGACGUUGCCAUAUUUCAAGCCGGACCUGUUCAUACAAUCUAUUGCUGGGCACAAGGCGAACUGCCUGUUCCUUGUGCCGCCUAUGGCGCUAUUCCUGGGCAAGCACCCGGCAGUAACUCCUAAGCACCUGGAGACUCUGCACGCCAUCAUCUGCGGCGCCGCGCCGCUCUCGCCAGAAGACGCUGAGGCCGUCGUGGCUAAGAAUAAAAACAUCCUAUUCCGGCAAGGCAACGGCCUCACCGAGACCAACGGGUCGGUGUCCAUAGGACGCAACACAGAAGUGAACUACGCCUCGGUAGGGUACACUCUCGGCAGCACACAGACCAAGAUCGUGGACGUCGGCAGUGGACAAGCUCUAGGGCCUAAUCAGGAAGGCGAGAUCUGGUUCCGAGGCCCGAACCUGAUGCGAGGCUACUGGAACAACGAGGAGGCGACGCGUGAAGUGUUAACUGAAGACGGCUGGUUCAAGACGGGAGACAUCGGGAAGUACGACGAGAAACACUCCUUCUAUGUCACUGAUAGGAUCAAGGAGCUUAUUAAGGUCAAAGGCUUCCAAGUACCGCCAGCAGAACUGGAGGCGAUCAUUCGGACGCACCCCAAAGUGAUGGACUGCGCUGUCGUCGGUACCAAAGACCCGAUAACCGGGGAAGCCCCGAAAGCCUUCCUAGUGGUCAAACCGAACCAAACAGUCAGUGAGGAAGAAAUCAAAGAAUAUGUUAACAGUAAGGUUAUAGACUUUAAAAAGGUGAAGGAAGUACAGUUUGUGGACGCCAUUCCUAAGAGUGCGGCCGGUAAAAUACUGAGGAAAGAUCUGAAAGCUAAGUAUUGUUAAAUUGAUUAGCUUUAUUGAGAUGUUUUUGUGGACCAAUAAGAUUCGUUUACGUAUUUAGUGGUAGGUAGAACAUUAAUAUAUCUGCUACUUAUUAGCCUACUUUACGGUUUUGUAAAAACAUAAAAAUAUAUUGUUGAAGUAAUGUUUAAAAAAAGUACUUAUGUAAGUACACAAGUGGUAUUAAAUAUGUAUUAUUGGACUAUGAUGAAUGAAAAUCAAAACUAUCGUAAGAUUUUUAUCAUGUCAGUAUUGAAGGAACUAUUGGAUUUGUUUGGUAAUUGGGACCAUUAACUAGGUUUAAGUCGAAGUCUUUAUAAGGUAUGUUUGAUAUAAUAUCAAUGGUUAUUGAUAUUAACUAAUACAUAACAUUACCUAUUAUUACUUUGGUAUCAAGUGUUUCUUGCUUUUUAUAAGAGUUUAUUUUUACUAUGAUACAGUUUAUAUUGUGCAUCUAGAGACAAUUUUUAAGAUGAUUCGUUUUCCAUCGAGGAAAACUAGAACCAAUACAGUUUGUUUGGCCACAGCUGUAAGCCUGUAACCGAAACGAAAGAGUUAAGUAUUUUAAUUAUGUUUUUGUUAUUUACAGAAUUUUUGCUUAUAUUUUAUCUACUAAGUACUUCUUCUACAAAAAGCUUCACUUUGUACUAGUUAUUUUUUUAAAUCGUAUUUUUUUGUGGACGUACUUAGUUUAUACUCGAUUUUUUUGUGUUUAUAUACUCAAACAACACAUAGAAAUUGGAAUUCUUUAAAAAUAAAUAAUAACUGGAUUAACAUGCAAUAAUAACUAGUCUACAAUACUGUUAAUUAUCUUAUAGAAUCUAUUUGUUACGGAAUACAUGUUUAAUAAAUUCAUAUUUUAUAA